UCUUAUACUGCAACAUGAGCAUAGUAGAUGGAGGAAGUGGGCAGGCUUUGUUGUUGCAGUGAUUAUACCAAGGUUAUGUCAUGUCUUUUAAAGAUUUGGAAGUGAAUCCUGUAAGAUUGCUUGAAGUAAAAAUAGUAAAACAUUAAUUAGAAAUGAUAACUACAUUACGUGCAAAGGCCGGGAUGCACUUCAUGCGGAUGACUAUGUUGUUAAUCAACAAGGAAUUCUGUGUGCCUUGUACUUGAAAUUCCAGUUGUUACAGAAGAAAGUGGACAAGGAGGUGGUUGACAUUAAAGGACUCGUGUGUCCUAAGCAAAAACCCAGCAAUAUUUCUCAGCCUCGCUUACUUUUGUGCAAAAAUGGAUGAGAUUAACAGCGCAUGUGCGGAAUUAACAAUGUGAUUUCCACUUGCAAGAAUUUUGUAAAUAUGGCUGUUGUAACAUAAGGAAGAUUCGAUAUCAGUCUUUUUCCACUUUAUCCAUACUUUUGUGAGAUAUGUAGGUGAGCACUUUAGUGCACACAGUGUAAAUGACCAUUUCUUCUGAAGACAGUAGGUGACAUUUGAUAAGACAUGUGCUUGAAAGCAAAUACCUCAUGCUUUUUUCAUGUGGAGUGUUCCUUACUUGUGUUUACUGACGCAACACCUGGAGCACUUUUCUUUGUUUGUAAACCGACCUGACAAAUUUCUACGCACUGCACACGGCUUCAGGAGCUUAUGAACGUCCUCAUUUUUUAAAAGUUUUGUUCGUAAUAAGAUCCUUCAAGGGAGAAAAUGGAGACGGUGAUGGACAGGUGCAGGAGAGGUGGCUGGUGUGCCAGGGACAGGAUUAGAGGAUUUUGCUCGUUCAGUACUCUAAAGAAGAUACUGCCGAUUCUGGGGUGGCUGCCCAGGUAUUCUCUGCAGUGGCUGUGGAUGGAUCUCGUUGCUGGAAUGACAGUGGGGCUGACUGCAGUGCCACAGGUGCUGGCUUAUGCAGAAGUUGCUGGCCUACCUGUGCAGUACGGCCUGUACUCUGCAUUUAUGGGCUGCUUUAUUUACUGCCUCUUUGGGACCUCAAAAGAUGUGACACUGGGCCCAACAGCAAUCAUGUCCCUGCUGUGUGCUUCCUACAUCGACCACGAUCCAGUUUACGCUGUGCUGCUGACUUUCCUCUGUGGGGUCAUCCAGGUCGCCAUGGCAGUUCUUCAGCUAGGUUUUCUGUUGGAGUUCAUUUCGUAUCCGGUGAUUAAAGGCUUCACUUGCGCAGCUGCUGUUACCAUUGGCUUUGGUCAGGUCAAGAACAUCCUUGGUCUUCGGAACAUUCCCCAGCAGUUUUUCAUGCAGGUUUACUACACAUUCCACAACAUAUGUGAAACCAGAGUUGGAGACCUGAUCCUGGGUAUAAUCUGUCUGAUGGUGCUGGUGCUGCUUAAGCUGAUGAAAGACUGUUUCAAAACACAUGGAGUGGACUUGCCCCUUUACGUCAGGGUGUCUCGUGGAAUAGUGUGGUCAGCUGCCACAGCCCGCAACGCCCUGGUAGUGAUUGCCGCCACUUGCCUGGCGUACGCCUGCGAGGUCACAGGGCACGGGUACUUCACCAUCACCGGGAGCACAGCCCAGGGCCUUCCGUCAUUCUCCCCUCCUCCCUUCUCCGAGACGACGGAGAACGGCACGGUGAUUGCCUUCAGGGAGAUCGCUCUGGAUUUAGGGGGAGGUCUGGCUGUGAUUCCACUUAUGGGUCUGCUGGAGAGCAUUGCUAUUGCAAAGGCAUUCGCCAGUCAGAAUGACUACCGCAUUAAUGCCAACCAGGAGAUGUUUGCAAUCGGCCUUACAAAUAUCAUGGGGUCCUUUGUUUCUGCCUAUCCUGUCACUGGCAGUUUUGGAAGGACUGCGGUGAACUCUCAGACUGGGGUGUGCACGCCAGCAGGGGGAGUAGUCACUGGUGUGAUUGUGCUCCUGUCCCUUGCAUUCCUCAUGCCCCUCUUCUGUUACAUCCCAAAGGCAGCCCUGGCUGCAGUCAUUAUCUGUGCUGUGGCUCCCAUGGUUGACUGCUCCAUAGUUCUGAAGCUCUGGAGAGUGCAGAAAUUGGACCUCCUACCUUUCCUGGUGACACUCCUGUUCAGCUUCUGGGAGGUGCAGUAUGGCAUUGUUGGAGGCGUUGUUGUGUCUGGUUUCAUGCUGCUUUAUAAUAUCGCACGACCAAAAUUACAGGUGUUGGACCAUGGUGUGCUUGUGGUGGAGCUCGAGAGCGGAUUGAACUUCCCUGCUGCUGAGCACAUCAGCGAAGUUUUGUUCACAGAGGCUUUACUGGUGUCUCCUCCUCGCUCUGCCAUCCUUGACUGUCAUCACGUCAGCAAUAUUGACUACACUGUAGUGAAUGAAAUCAGGGACUUGCUUCGCCAAUUCAAAUCCAGGAAUGUCUCUCUGGUCUUCUCUGGGCUACCGGCUUCAGUUUUGGAAGUGCUGCUGGCAGCUGACCUGCCUGGUUUGAAACACACCGACAGCUUGGACUCCGCUCUGCAAUUUCUCUCUGAACAGAAUCUCUUUGAAGAACCUGAUCAGAGUGAACAUCUUCUAAGCAAGUAAUGAGGAUCGACUCUCCUUUUGGAUGUGGAAACCAAAGGUUUUUGAUUGUCUGAACCCAAAGAAUGCAAUGUACUGUACAUCACGCAUUUUAUUCACAUUUUUAUAAAAAAACAUGGUUACAUGUUGGCGAGAUAAUUAUACCUUAUGAAUAUGCAAAAAAAUCCCUGAUGCACUACAAUGAAUAUUAAGUAGUACUUUAUUUUUACUAAAGAAAUAUUUCUUUGGAAACUGACUUGCUGAGUUGCUUUUAUGUUUAUAAUUGAAGUGUUGGAGAUGUUCUGUGAAAACCAUGAUCAUGCUAAUCCAAAGCAAGAUGUCUAUAAUUACAGGGCUGGCAUUUUAUUAUUUUAGCUUACUGAUUAAACAAACUGAUAUGUAGUUUAUAGAUUAACUAGGCCAAAACUCUAAGAAUAACGGUUAAUAAUUUUUGUACUAAUCUUCUUAAAUAUGAUCACCAGCUCAGUACAUUCCAAGAUGUAAUUUAAUUGUUGGAAUUAUUUUUUGUGAGAUUUUUCUAAAGCACACUAGAAUGUUAAAUGUUUACAUUCUUAUAGAAUGUAUUGCCUAACAAAGCAUUUAAAUUAUGACUGAUAAUAAAGUUGGAAGUGUUCCAACAAAUAGAAAAACUGAAAUUUGGAUGUUUUCUUUAGUGUUGUUAAAGUUAUUUCAUGUAUAUUUGACAUUAAAGCAAUAUGUUGGGUGAGAAAUUGUAGCAUUUUUACAUUUUUAAUUCUUUCAAACACUUUACCCUAAAAAACCUUUGCUAAACUACAUUUGGUGGCUUGGGCACUGCAAUGUAUGUAAAAUAUUUUGGCAUAAAAGCCAACACAUCAAAGAAAUAAAUUAAAAACAUUUAAAGC